UACACCUAAGGUUUGUCAAAUAUACCGAGCCAGUUUUGUCAAGCUCCAAAGAGACUGUGAAAAUGAGGGUCUACAUAUAUCAGAUGCGCCCGGUGCUAUUCCUUUUCUACAUGGUGGAGACACUAGUCAACAUGUUCGUGAUACACUUCCACCUGAAAGGCUUUAUUUUCAUUACCAUGGCCACGAUGGAUUGGCUUCACGACUUGGCGCACAGCAUGUAUUUGGUUUUCUUUUACAUUUUCACGGUGCUGACGCUCUUUGCCUGCACAAAUCUGUGCACCGGAAACCAUACUUCGAUUAUCGAGGAGGUAGUGCGUCCGCUGGCUGGAUUCAUCAUCUACACGAUCUGCUCCUUGAUGUUACUAGGCGAUGCCGAGUCGGACUUCUACAUCCUGUACGCCAAUGAAAAGCCGGAGGAUCAGAUCCUGCCGGAGAAGCCACUGCAUCCGUACUUUAAUUAUUUGCGGGCCCAAGCGACGUCCUCUUUGGUGGCCAGUGUGGUCUAUCUGCUGCACUGCCUCAUCGCCGUAGAUGUCCUGCUGUCUAACGAGGACUCGGACGACGAGAAAAAUUCAUCCGACUCCUUCGACGAUAUUGACGAAGAGUUGGACUACGUCCCGGUGCGUCUGUACGUUUUCGGGGGAACUGUUCAGCGCUGGCUGGAGCAAUUCGAGUGGUUCCAGGAAUUCACCACAAGUGGAGUCAAAGUGAUCUGAUCUUUUUAUACUUAAAUAUAAGCUCAGAAAUAAAAGGUUAACACUCAUAAGAGUAUAUCUCCAUUUUGGAGAUUUCUUUGGUU